CAGCGUCACGUGUUUGACGCUUUUACAUUCCUCUCGCACUAAAGUGUGUGCACCGUUUAUUUUGUAUGCCUAAUGAUGUAUGUUCAUGCGGAUGUUUUGACGGGAGACUGUCGUAAGGACAUGCGCGUGCUGUUGGUUCAUCUGUUUUGGAUAUUCACGCAGUGUGCAGCCUCCUUUACAGUCACAGUACCAUCCAGUCCUGUUCUUGUGGUGCGUGGACAGACUGCAUUUCUGCCUUGUGAAUUUGUGUCAGACCAUAACCUCUCACAUUUGGUGAUUACAUGGCAACGGCAGGAAGAUCAACGAGUGGUCCACAGCUAUUACUACCAGACGGACCAGCUAGACCGACAAAGCUCCGAUUACCAUAACCGUACCUGGUUAAAUCACAACCUCAUUUUGGAAGGAAAUGCAUCCCUGAGUAUAGCCAAUUUUGGAAUGAAGGAUGCAGGCAACUAUCUGUGCAUUGUGAGCAACACCAAAGGAACUGAUCGAGGAAUUGUGCCGCUGGUCUAUGCAGCCGUCUACUCAGAGCCAAGGUUAAGCAUCCAUCUAAACUCCCCUGAUGUCACCGUCCAGUACGAGACGGAGGGCUACCCUAAGCCAGAAGUCAUGUGGCUGGGGUCCGGGGGUCAGGAUAUCCCUUAUCAUCUGGAGGUCUCUUCUACCUUAGAUGAAGGACUCUACUUCUUAAAGAGCAGUUAUGUGACCCAGAAUCCAUCAUUCAAUAUCACCUUUUUUCUGAAAAAUCCUGUUGCCCAUCAGGAAAUCCAGAGGCAUGUCAUCUUCAAUUUUGAAACCGACAUUUGGCUUGUGCCUGUCCCGAAAACGAGGGUACACACACGAAACAUGUCAAAGUAGAUGAGAAGAUGGUACAAGGUGAAGAAAGCACUACUGGUUCAUCGGUGCCAACAGAUAUGGAUCCAAUCCAGACUGCCAAGUGUACAACAAACAAAGUCCCUUGUGAACAGACAGUUGAAACUGUUUAUCUGAUAUGGAGUCUUUAUCAGACAAUGCAAAUUUGUGUGAGGUAGACAUGGAUCAAGCUGUCUUCAAAACGGAAAAAGAAGUACAGGACGGAAGGAUCAAAACAAUGUUGAUAGUGAAAGUGAAUUUUCUGACUAGUGUUUUAAGUAGCUCACAGAGUGAAUGGGAAUAUAAUGAUUAUAGAGCUGAUGAAAUUAAGAUGUUUCUAAAAUGGACAAAGAGUACAGAUUGCUGAUUUCUUCCCAGACCUGAAAUGGUUUGUGGUAAGCACUAAGAGUUUAAUGAGUGAAGUUAGGAGUGGUGGUGGCGUAGUGGGCUAAAGCACAUAACUGUUAAUCAGAAGGUCGCUGGUUUGAUCCCCACAGCCACCACCAUUGUGUCCUUGAGCAAGGCACUUAACUCCAGGUUGCUCCGGGGGGAUUGUCCCUGUAAUAACUGCUUUGGAUAAAAGCGUCUGCCAAAUGCAUAAAUGUAAAUGUAAGGUCACUUUCUGGAUAAAGAAGUAUAUCAACUGUAGAAUUUUUUGUCAAAAUUCCAAAACCAGCUGAACAAUAAUGAUGACAAAGUGGCAUAAUUAUUUUAUCUUCACUGGUUGUGUGUUUCUGUAUGUUUUUUUUGGUUUGUUUCUUUUUCUUCAUACACAUGACAGAUAUCCGUAUUGCAUCUUGAAAUGUAAACGGAGCCAGGGAUGACGUUAAGAGAAUGCAGGUGUACGAAACAAUGAAACAGAAAAAACAUGAUGUUACUUUUUUACAAGAAACGCACAGAGAUGAUAAACAUUCUACAGACUGGAUAAAAGAAUGGACUGGUCAUAAAAGUUGCCAUCUUGUUUGCGAAGAAUUUUACUCCAUGCUCUUUUAAAGUAGAGGAAAGGGGAGGGGAGACUUUUGAAAAUUCAAAACUUUUUUGAAAAAUAUGUUCUGGUUUUUAUUUGUGUGUAUGCCCCCACUUUACCUUUAGAAAGAGUGGCUUUUUUUAUAGUUUAUGCUCAACCUUAGACAAAUGCAAUAACGAAGAAUAUAUUUUUCUUGGUGGAGAUUUUAAUUGUGUUGAGGAAAUUAUUGAUCGCAACCACAUAGAACCACAUAUGCCUUCCCGUAAGCGGCUUUGUGAAAUAAUUGAAAGACAUGAUGUGAUGUCUGGAGACAUUUAAAUGGGACUUCAAGACAACAUGGGCCCACGCCCAUGAGAAUGUAUUGUCUUUAGCCAGACUAGACAGACAUCUUGAAAUGUAAACGUUUCAAACAUCAUCACAUUGUUUUUAAGAGUUGUAUAAUAAACCCAGUUGGCUUUUCUGACCACAGUUUAGUUAUAUGCAGUGUUUAUUUAAAUUCUGUGUCACAAAGGAGUGCGUAUUGGCACUUUAACACUGCUCUGUUAAAUCAUGCUUCCUUUAAGGAGACUUUUGCUUUUUUUGGGGGGAAAGUUUUAAAAAUAAAAGUUUAUUUUUCCUCUUUGCGGAGUUGGUGGGAUUGUGGCAAGUUCCAAAUCAAACUUUUUUGUCAGCAGUACACUCAACAUAUCACAAGGGAGACAGCUAAGUCUAUGAGAGUUUUAGAAACUGAAAUUUUGAAACUUCAAGAUAUGGCACAACUAUGUGGAAAUAAAGCUUUAAUCGAUUCUCUUUUAUAAAGAAAACUGCUUUGUCUGACCUACAAGAGAUGAAAGCACAGGGUGCACUGGUUAGAUUGUGUUUUAAGACCAUAGAACUGAUGGAUGUUCCAUCAAAAAAUUAUUUCAGUUUGGAAAAAAGAAUGUCCAGAAACGUUUUAUUCAUUCAUUACUCUGAGUCCGGAUCUUUGUCAGGUUCAACAGAAAUAAGAGAAAGAGCAGUUAGUUUUUACGAAACACUUUGUAAGUAAGAAUAUAAAUAAGAUAAAGAUAUAGAACAGGUUUCUUUUUUUAAAGUGUGGGAAGGAGCGAUUGUAGCACUUACAAAGCCUAUUGGCCUAGAGGAAUUGUUUAAAGCUCUGCAGGGCAUGGAGAAUGGCAAAGUUCCUGGAUUAGAUGGAAUCCCUGUUGAGUUUUACAAAUUUUUUGGUCAAUCUUUGGAGAACAUUUGCUAAUUGUUCUCAAUGAUAGUUUAGCCAAAGGACUUUUGCCUUUGAGUUGCAGAAGAGUGGUUUUGACCCUUUUGCCUAAGAAGGCUAAUUUGUGCGAUUAUAAAAAACUGGAGACCAGUGUCUUUAUUGUGUUGUGAUUAUAAACUGUUGUCUAAAGUACUAGCUACCUGUUUGGGAAAGGUUUUAGCUGAAGUUACCCAUCCUGAUCAGUUGUAUUGCAUACCUAAGAGGUAAAUGUUUGAUAACAUUCAUUUAAUUAGAGAUUUGUUUGAUGUUUCGAAUAUGUUUGGUCUUGAUUUCUUUAGACCAAGAAAAAGCUUUUGACCACGUAGAACACAAUUAUUUAUGGAAGACUCUUCAAGCUUUUGGUUUUAAUUCAAAAUUUUUAGCUUACAUUAAAGUCUUAUACUGUGAUAUUGAGAGUUUACUAAAGGUUAAUGGUGGCUUAUGUGCUCCUUUAAAGUCUGUCUUGGGGUAAGACAAGGUUGUUCUUUGUCAGGGUUAUAAUAUACUCUCACGAUAGAACCACUUUUGAGUUUUUUAAGGAGAAAUUUAGGAGUGUUUUUACAAAAUUGUAAGACUUCUUUAUGUCUGUCUGCAUAUGCAGAUGAUGUUAUUAUAAUGACGAAUAAGAAAAAUGAUGAUCCACCGGCUUAUUUACUUGGGAAAAUUCAGUCUGUUCUAUUAGAUUUUUUUGGGGCAAACUACACUGUAUACCACACAACAUUUUGUAUCUAAAAAAAGAAGAAGGAGGUCAAGGACUUGUACAUAUACAACGCAGGACUGCGGCCUUUCGGCUACAAUUCAUACAACGUUUCCUCACCAUCUCAGAGACUUUGGCUUGGAAAUCAGUGGCCUUUGCUAUUCUCAAAUCUGUCUAUGAACUCUGUUUGGACAAGCACUUAUUCUUGAUGGAUCCAAAAAGACUCAAUACAUCGAGGCUUCCUUUUUAUUUAUUUAUAAAAAUCUGUUUAAAAUUUGGGACCUAUUUAAAAUGAGCCCGUUUGGAUAUUUUGGAUAUAUGUGGACUACUAAAUGGUGCGUGUACUAAAUCUAAGAUCGUAACAUUGUUGAGUUUUAUUAAUGUGUCUGGUCCAAAGUUAAAACAUUUGGAAAAUGUAGCUGCCUCUUUAGGUAUUAAAUCAAUUCAAACUGCUGAAAAAUGUCUUCCGAAUUUGCAAUCUGUACUCACAGUAAAUGAAAUGAACAUGCUUAAAAAUGUUUUUGCUGAGAAACUUUUGCCUAAUGAUAAAGAUACUUUCCCAAAGUGUUUUUUGUACACAAAUAUAGGGGAAUACUCUGGAAUUUUUUGGAAAAUGUAUCAGAUAUGGAUUUAUAUGAAAUUGGGGGGGAAAAUGUACAAUGCUUGUGUAAAAGUUUUUAACAAAAAAAGGUCUGCAUGAAAGAGUUGAUUCACCUUGACGUACUAUUUAUUUCUGAUGAAAAUGUAAAACCGGAGUGGAGGGCACUCUAUAAGCCACCAUUAACAGAAAGAAUUGGAGAUUUACAGUGGAGAAUUAUACAUGGUAUAAUCGCUAUUAAUUUGGUUUUAAAUAUACCCGAAGAAGACAACAUGAAUGUCAAUGGAUCAAUUUUAUUAUAGGCAAGACAAAAAUGGCAAAAUAUGUUUGCAGAAAGAGUUAAACAAAAGGGUGAUUAUGAUGUUGUAAUGAUGUUUACAGCUAUGAUUAAAUCGAGACUGUUAAUUGAUUUCUGUUUUUAUAAGGCUAAGAACUGUCUAGAAGUGUUUGCAAAUACUUUGAUUUGUUGAGGGGCAUUGUGUUCUGUUGUCGAAAAUGAAAUGUACUUUUCAAAUUUUUUAUAAACAUGAUGUGAUUUAUAUUUUAACUUAAAU